CUGGGACAAGUGUUUUGUACGUUGGGGGAGAUUGUUGGUUCACAGGGAAGUCGCUUGGAGAAGCCAAUAGUAGGAAUUCCUGGGAGGAAAUGUGGUACAAUCAUACUUACAGCUGAGGAAUUAAACUGUUGCAGGGAUGCUGUUUUGAUGCAAUUUUGUGCAAACAAAUUGGACAAGAAGGAUUUCUUUGGAAAAUCAGAUCCUUUUCUUGUAUUUUAUCGAAGUAAUGAAGAUGGCAGUUUUACAAUUUGUCAUAAAACAGAAGUUGUCAAAAACACUCUAAAUCCCGUGUGGCAAGCAUUCAAGAUCUCAGUCAGAGCCUUGUGUAAUGGAGAUUAUGACAGAACAAUCAAAAUAGAGGUAUAUGACUGGGAUAGAGAUGGGAGUCAUGAUUUCAUUGGUGAAUUUACAACAAGCUACAGGGAACUUUCUAGAGGCCAGUCACAAUUCAACGUAUAUGAGGUGGUGAAUCCCAAAAAGAAAGGAAAAAAGAAAAAAUAUGUUAAUUCUGGAACAGUAACUUUACUUUCUUUCUUGGUAGAAACAGAAGUUUCAUUCCUUGACUACAUUAAGGGAGGAACACAAAUCAACUUCACAGUGGCUAUUGAUUUUACAGCAUCAAAUGGCAACCCUGCCCAGCCCACUUCUCUCCACUACAUGAAUCCUUACCAACUGAACGCCUAUGGUAUGGCAUUGAAAGCUGUUGGAGAAAUCGUUCAAGACUAUGACAGUGAUAAGAUGUUCCCAGCUCUAGGUUUUGGUGCAAAAUUGCCCCCAGAUGGAAGGAUAUCUCAUGAAUUUGCUUUGAAUGGCAACCCUCAAAAUCCUUACUGUGAUGGCAUUGAAGGGGUCAUGGAAGCUUAUUAUAGAAGUCUGAAAUCUGUACAGUUGUAUGGGCCAACCAACUUUGCUCCGGUAAUUAAUCAUGUAGCAAGAUAUGCUUCUUCUGUGAAGGAUGGCUCCCAGUAUUUUGUGCUCUUGAUUGUGACAGAUGGUGUUAUCUCAGAUAUGGCCCAAACUAAGGAGUCCAUAGUUAAUGCCUCAAAACUUCCAAUGUCAAUAAUUAUAGUUGGUGUUGGACCAGCAGAAUUUGAUGCAAUGGUUGAAUUGGAUGGGGAUGAUGUAAGAGUCUCCUCCAGAGGAAAAUAUGCUGAAAGGGACAUUGUGCAGUUUGUGCCAUUCCGGGAUUAUAUCGACAGAAGCGGAAAUCACAUACUGAGCAUGGCCAGGCUGGCUAAAGACGUCCUAGCUGAGAUCCCCGAGCAAUUUCUCUCCUAUAUGAGGGCCCGAGGAAUCAAGCCAUCACCUGCGCCUCCCCCGUACACGCCCCCUACACACAUGUUGCAGACACAAAUAUGACUGUGCUUUCAGAUGCUAAUGUUAACUCCACGUCAGUCAGAACUGCUGAGUCGAUGCUUUGCGCCUGGUGCUCUGAUGUGAACCAGGGAAUGAGAUUCUUUUCUCAGUUUGAUUUCAGCAGUACUAGUAAAUGUGCUUUCUUGGAUCCAAAAUUAAUUCUCUUCCUAAACCAAAACUGUAAAUAUGGUUGUUGCAUGAGCAACAGAAAAAGUGUUUAAAUCCUUGAAGCAAAGUAUGGAUGUCUUCUCUGAAUCUUUCAUUUUUUGUUUUGACCUAUUAGCUAAUUUCCAAUAUAUUGUUGGGAAAAAGCACAAGCUAUGUUUUUAAUUCAAAUAUUGUCCUUGACUGCUGUAUGUAUAGGAGCAGUCUCUGUAUCAAUGUUUACAUGUUACUACUUUUUAAAUUUCAAUACUUUUAUAACUAUUCUUAAGAAUAAGAGUUUUGAAUAUUGAAUCCUUUGUCUUCUAAAUUGCAAUAGCGAUAAUCACACAAGAGCAAUAUCUCUUUGAAUGACUGUCUGGACAAAUAAAAUUGCAAAUAAGGGAAGAGAAAGACACUUUCAUAUUUCUCGGCAACUGAAUUGUCUUAAGAAGACACAUCUGCUUACUGAUUAAUUUCUCUGCCAUGAUUGCCAAGUAUGAGAAUUUAAACUUAGCAGAUGUGCGUCCUCUAAGAACAUGCAUUUUUCAUGGAGUUUGGGUUCUACAUUUGGACCACAAUUGUUUUAUGUUUUGUAAUGCUACGUAGAAGUAUUAAAAAUUCAAACAUCGUGAACUGUAAAUGCACCAAAAAUACUUUGUAAAAAGUAGCAUACUUAUAUUAUAAUGCUAUUUAGAAAGACUAAACCCAAGAAUAUUUAACUAUGAAUCAUGUAGCAGAUGUUUUAAACUUUUUAUUCCAUUAUAUUUUGUCUAGAUAUUUUAAUUCAAAGGGAUACUGGCUCUCUUGAUUGGGAUUCCUUGUUAUCAUCAUUCCACUUUGCCACGCAGAGGGCACAGGCUGGAGUCUUUUGUGAAAUUCCCAGUUCAAUAUAAACAACUAUGUGACUUAGUGCACAACACAUUUGUGAAAUAAUCUACUCCAAUAUACUGAUCUGCCUGUCCACUAUUAAUUGUAAAGAGUUUUUGCAUGUACAGUUUUUACAAGAAUUACAGUUUUGUGAAGUUGUGUCUAAGUUAAAGCAUUUCUUUAGAACAAAUGGCCUUAAAUUCUCACAGAAUUCCUGGAAAUGAUUUUGAAUUGCCUUCAAAAAUAGAAAAGUGUAUUUUUUUUUCUUUUUGUGUCGACAGUGUAAGUGCUUUAAAAUAUUUUUUCCUUACCUGUGCCCUAUUUACUACUUAGUUUAUUUCUACUAUAUGUUGUUCUCUUUGUCUCAACUUGGCUUAGGGUGACUUUUAUAAGCAUGAAACUAUUUUACCUAAAAAAAUGCAUACAUCCACAUAUCUAACUGAAUCAAUAUUACAUAAUUGUAUUACUUAAUUGUCCAUUUUUAAGUAUGUAUUAAAAUCUUUAAAU